AUAUAUGAUAAAGAGCGCGUCAAUGUCACCUCCUAACGUUGGAGAUAUAAAACAGAUUGUAGGUCAAUUUAUGGUGUUACGAUAUGCCUGCUGAAGAUUGUGUGUGGCUACUCUCGGCCACCGGAAUUAUAUGUACACGUGUCUAGCUUGAGGUAUACAUUUACAAAGGACAAUUGUUGGAAACAGUUAGCUGUUACAAAGAUGGCAGAGCUGGUCGACAUACGGGACGACGAGGGAAAUUUCGCGAAAUAUAAAAAGUAUGAUGGCAGAUACUAUGUCAAACAUUUCGUUGGCAAUGUCAAAGAUCAUCUGACUGCAAUAGACUCAAUGGACGUCAGAGAUGAUGACACUUUCAUUCUCUCGUAUCCAAAGUCAGGAACUCAUUGGGCAUUUACUAUAGCCAGCAUGCUUCGUACUGGAGAAACUGUCUACAAAGGAUCGCCGACAUUCUUAGACUACACCGAUAAGGAAACACUUGAUAAUCUCCCGUCCCCUAGAGUAUUUGCGAGUCACAUGACCUUCGACUUCAUGCCUAAACAAGUUAAGGAAGGGAAGGGCAAGGUCAUUGCAAUAUUUCGGAACCCGAAAGAUGUUCUCACAUCACUCCACACGUUCUCUGAAAAAUUAGAUGGAAAAAUAAAAGAAGAUUUCAAAACGACAUGGAAAGGCCUUCUGAAUUUUCACAUGGAAGGAACAAUUUUCUACGGUUCCUGGUUUGAAUAUAUACAGUCUUGGGAUAAAGUGAGGAUAGAGCACACGGGAAAUAAUAUCAUGUAUCUCAUGUAUGAAGACAUGGUACAGGACCUGGGCUCGCACGUACAUAAGAUGGCGUUGUUCCUUGGAGACACUUACGGAUCGGACCUCUUGGACAAGGUUACUGCAAGAUGUACAUUUAGUAGCAUGGCUGAAGAGGCCACGAGGACAUUCACACCAUCCGAUCAGUGGAAGGCGGUUACAAUCAACAAAACACUCCCCAUCUACAGGAAAGGUGUGAUUGGUGACUGGAAACAUAAUUUUACAGUGGCUCAAAGUGAAGAUUUUGACAAAGCGUACAACGACAAAAUGAAAAAUUCCACAUUUGAAUUUAGAUUUGUAUAACAGAUUUAUAAUUUAUAAAUCUUCUUGUGGAUGGUAAGACGGCAGCAAUGAAAUUUGUAAUUGAAAAAACAGUAUCGAAGGACUUCAGCUGAGAGAGAUGACCCGUAUUGGAGAUGGUGUUUGUUUAAUAACAAUUAAACUCUCUAAAAAAUGUUGUGUAGAUACGAGAAUACUUUUUGAUAUACGUUGUACGUCGAUACUCUGUAAAACACAAAUCUAUAAUGUAAUAAAUACUCUCAAUAA